UCUAAUUUCUUAGAGUUGUGGUGAUCUUGGCUGUUACUUUUAAUAAGUAUUGAAAAAACCCUUCAGACAUAAGUGGUUUUGUAAUUGGUGUCACUUAAAAUGACUAACCAUGAGUAGAAAGCAGUAUAAUAUGUAUUAAAAUUUAUCCAUAAAAUAUAAACCAAUCGAGAGAACUUGUGAUCUCUGAAAUAUUAGAAGAGUAACUUUAGGGGGAAAUCUCCAGCAGAUUUCAGUUGCAGAAGUGGGGUAAGUCUGAUAUGGAAGAGUAGGGCAAGAGGUUAAGAGACUAUCGGAUGAUCUGUACCAGCUGUGUGCUUUGGAGCAGUAGGGGGAUCUGGGAUAUGACUAGGCAGUGCGAUGGCUGAGGGUCAGUGGCUCCACCAUUUAGUGGAUUACUGGUUGUUCCUAACCUCAGCAAAGCAGGUAUGCAGGAGCCUUAGGCUACAGUAGCCUUCACACUGCAAUAGAAGCUUGAGAGCCACUCUUUCUUUUACUAGUCUUUCUUUUGCCCUGCUUCAUUCUCAGCUAGCCCUCACCUGGAGACAUCAACAGGGUCACAACUCCAUCACUCCCCAGUUUUCAGACCUCUUUGGCUCAGGGAGCAGGAGACAUCUCCCUUGGCUAGUGUCAACCUUCAACCCUCUCUGGUCAUAGCUCUCUGGCCUGCGCAAGUUUUGUAGGUGACCACCCAACUGCCUUCCUGCUAUCAACAGCCUUAUCUGGGUCCACUGCAUAGCUUGGGAACUCUCUCUAAUCCCUCUUUCCGGGAUAUUGCCUCCCUCAUUCAGCUUAGCUUUGCUCUUCUCCUGAGUGCUCUCUCUAGAAUUUGGGUUCUAAACUCUUCCCUUUCGCUGUCACUUUUUUAAAACUUCCAGGGGCAACCCUGCCCUCCACAUCACACCAAAUUAGGGUACACAACUGGAUUUAAACUGGAGACGGGCCAGCUACCUUGUUAUACUAUUUCUUUCAGCAAAGAAAUUUUAUUCCAGAGUCAGGAUUUGCUGCAUAAAAGUUAAUGAGGUAGUAGUUCAGUUCAUUAAGGAAUCCUUACUAGUAUAGCUUUUUAUUUUAAUAAAUAGAAAGGAAUUUUAAGUAUUCCAUGACUAAAUCUCUUAAAUAAAUUUAUUCUAAGAAUGUGUGUAUGUAGAAGUGCAGUUAGAAGCAUAAAGCUUGCUAAAUCAAUAUCUCUUACCAAGGUCCACUGGUGAGUACUUAACUUCUUUCUGGCAAUAAUAGUCUCAGGUAUGAUACUUCUAACUUCCUGUUCAGAGUCUAAAGAAAACAUUUUGUCACCCUAAACUGAUACUUUUUUUAAUCAUAAAACUUAAGGUCUUGCCGAAUUUCAGGUCUACUGAUGGGCAGUCUUAGUGCCACAUAAAACUGUAAAUUUAGUUGUAUAAUAAACUUGAGUCCCCUUCUCUCACCUUGGUGAAUGUACAAGUGUGUGUGUAUUGCUGGCAUGGUCAAGAUAAGUCUUUGUUUGGAGUAAGACUAAUGCAGCUUGUGAUUUCAAAGGCAUCUGUAGCAAGAUAUAGAAAAGGUGGGUUGAUUUCACUCUCCCUGCACUUUAAAAGACCUGUAUGAUAUUUUACGAUAUGCCUUCUUCGACUUAAGAAAAAUUGUUAAAAUAAUGUUUCAAGUGCUUGACUGUGAAAACUAAAGUUAGGAAUUUGCAGUGACAGCUUUGGUCUGGCCAUGCAAUAUUUAAUCCGUUGCCAUGUAUGUCCAUCCUGUGCACUGAAUGAGGCAGGGGUACUGUGGGGAAAAAAUAGUAUGUGAUCAUAUCAUUAAAGAUGUUACAAUGAUGCAUAUGUCCAGGGCAGCAGAAAUAAAUUUGCAUGGACAGCUGUAUAUCUAGCGUUUUCUGACCUGAUUCUGCAGCCUAAAGAACAUUUUUAAUGCCCUUAUUUGAUCAGCAUGCUCCUUCCUGUACAUAUGAGCAAGUAUUGCCAUAGUUAAACAUUUAAACCCUUUUAUACUCUUGGUAUUCUAGUAAUUUGCUCAUCUCUUCCUUAUCCUUAAGUCCUGAUUACGUAGAUCUUGUCAGUACCAACUUGGGUUACAAAUGGUGUGGGUUUUUAUCAUGAACCGAAUGAGCUCCCAGUGCAGUUCCUCCACUCAGCGUAAGCGAAUGGCUCUUGGAAUUGUCAUUCUUCUACUUGUUGAUGUGAUAUGGGUUGCCUCCUCAGAACUCACUUCAUAUGUUUUUUCGAAGUACGAGAAGCCUUUUUUCAGUACCUUUGCAAAAACGUCCAUGUUUGUUCUAUACCUCUUGGGAUUUAUUGUUUGGAAACCAUGGAGGCAACAGUGUACACGUGGGUUUCGUGGAAGGCAUGCAGCUUUUUUUGCAGAUGCUGAAGGUUAUUUUGCUGCUUGUACAACAGAUAACACUGUAAACAGUUCUUUGAGUGAACCUUUGUAUGUUCCUGUAAAGUUUCAUGACUUACCAAGUGAAAAGAGUGGCAGUGCUAAUAGUGAUACUGAAAAAACUCCCAAAAAGCCUCGUGUAAGGUUCAGUAAUGUUAUGGAGAUUCGACAACUUCCAUCAAGCCAUGCAUUGGAAGCAAAGUUGUCUCGCAUGUCAUAUCCAACUGUUAAGGAGCAGGAAUCAAUAUUAAAAACUGUAGGGAAACUCACUGCAACUCAAGUAGCAAAAAUCAGCUUUUUCUUUUGCUUUGUGUGGUUUUUGGCAAACUUCUCUUAUCAAGAAGCACUCUUACAUGCACAAGUUGCCAUAGUUAAUAUCCUAUCUUCAACCUCUGGACUUUUUACCUUAAUCUUAGCUGCAGUGUUUCCAAGUAACAGUGGAGACCGGUUUACCCUUUCCAAAUUGUUAGCUGUCGUUUUAAGCAUUGGCGGUGUAGUACUUGUUAAUCUAUCUGAGUCUGAGAAAUCUCCAGGAAGAGGUACAAUAGGUUCCCUGUGGUCUCUUGCAGGAGCAAUGCUGUAUGCUGUCUAUAUAGUUAUGAUAAAAAGAAAAGUAGACCGAGAAGAUAAGCUUGAUAUACCAAUGUUCUUUGGUUUUGUAGGCCUCUUUAAUCUGCUGCUGCUAUGGCCAGGUUUCUUCCUACUUCAUUAUACUGGAUUCGAGGCCUUUGAGUUUCCCAAUAAAUUGGUAUUGAUGUGCAUUGUCAUUAAUGGCCUUAUUGGAACAGUUCUGUCAGAAUUCCUCUGGCUGUGGGGCUGCUUUCUUACCUCAUCACUGAUAGGCACACUUGCGCUAAGCCUUACAAUACCUCUGUCCAUAAUAGCUGACAUGUGCAUGCAGAAGGUGCAGUUUUCCUGGUUAUUUUUUGCAGGGGCAAUCCCUGUAUUUUUCUCAUUUUUCAUUGCAACUUUCUUAUGCCAUUAUAACAACUGGGAUCCAGUGAUGGUAGGAAUCAGAAGAAUUUUUGCCUUUAUCUGCAGAAAGCAUCGCAUUCAGAGAAUGCCAGAGGAAAGUGAGCAGUGUGAAAGCCUCAUCCCUAUGCAUAGUGUUUCUCAAGAAGGAGAAAACUGCUGUUCAUAGGCAAAAGUUUCAAGAUGGUUUCAUACUCAGCGAAGAGACAAUCUCCUGGAAAGUCCAUAAGGAACCAUAUUUCAGUGCCUAUUCUACAUUUGGAAAAAAAAGUUUCAGUUCUUUUGAAACUAAACUUUUAUUUUCCCAUAAUUGCCUGUCUUCAUCUGGUUCUAUCAACGAACAACUUCACUAUGUGCAUAUCACUACAACUAUAGGAAAUCCCAGUCCAUCUAAACAACCAACCUGCCUUAUAGAACUCAACUUGAAAUUACUUGAUAUAAUCAAGAAAGCAAAUGCUGGUCUGGUGAUUUAUUUUUUGUUUUCACAUUUUUGUUAAAUGCUGGACAACAAGUUGUUCAAAAAUUACUUUUAAAAUGAAUACUUUAAUUCUGCAGGUCGUUAUUUCUUACAGGCUUUCAGAUGAAAAAAGCUAAAUAUGUAGGUUACUUGUAAUAGGUACGGAUUAACAUUUUUGUAUAAAGUCUAUUUGAAUAUUAACACAUGAAAUUAGAAAAAAAUCUUAAUUUAUUAAAUAAGUACAUUUUUGCAACUGUUGGAGCAGGAUGUAUGCAAGUUUCCGGAACACUACAUAUAUUGCUUUAUCCCAUUUUAAAAAACCUUGUAAUAGGAAAGGGUGCUUUGUGUUUAAAAAUCUGUUCUGACCUAACAAUCUCAAACUUUUAAAGAAGUGUUAGUAUAAAAAGGUUAUGUAUUUUUAAAGGUGGUAAUUAUCAUAAAUUUGGCUGGACAAGCACUUGAUGUAAAAGUUCAUAAUUCAGAAUCAGUCUCUUUUUGAAAACUUAAUAGUCAAAAUUAUUUAAUAUGUAAAAUUGUAAAUAAUUCCAAGAUGCCAUGUGCACAGCUGCUUAUUUGAGGAAAAAAACAUCAAAUAGACUUCUAAAUUUUGUAGUUACUAUCUUAUCUCAACUCAAAUCUUCCAAGCAAUUUUAAAGCUAGAAAUAAUCAUGUUGACUUCAUUUUCCUAAGGAAAUUACUGUGUAAUGGCUAACUUUUUCACUGUGACCUGAGUAUUCUUCCCUACUGCAAUGCUGCUGUUCUGUUUGGUGCUGAAAGGUAACAAAUUAAUAAAUAUAUUCACAAGAA